CAGAGCCAGGGCCAGUAACGUCAGGAGAAGGCCGGAGUCUGGCGCGUCGGCCUCGGGGAGUUAUGGCGUCAUAUAAUGUUAAUAAUUGUGGCUCCGGACCUGAUAGCAGAGAGUUAUCCAUCUCGGAUGUUAUGUGCCCAAUAUGUCUUUCUAUACUGAUAGAGCCGGUAACGAUGCCUUGCUCUCACUCCCUGUGUAUGCAGUGUUUCAACCAGCAGGUAGCCCAGACCUCCCUGGCUUGUCCUCUCUGUCGUAAAAGAAUUAGUGUUUGGGUGCGUCGUACCAGCAAAACCAAUAGAUUAAUUGACACCAAACUUUGGCAGAAGAUCCGGGACAAGUUUUCUGCCAAGGUAGAAGCUCGUAUACGUGGAGUAGACGACACUGAUAGUGAAGAAGUAUUUGUUCCAGUCCACUCUGUGAGUGCUCCAGGGGAAAUUCGUCAAGAGUAUGAGACUUUCCUGGCAAAACAGCUUGAGGAAGCAGCCCUGAGGAAAACUGAGGAAGAAAUUGCUUCAAAUAGACUGAUACAGCUACUGCAGGACCAGGAAAAAAUGAAACUACGGGAACGACGAAAAGAGCAGGAGCUCCUAGCAGAAAAGGAUGCCAUGCUGGCCCAUGAAGUGAAGGAAGCAGAAAAGAUGUGUAUGGAAGAAAAGUUGAAGCAGUUCCGAGAGUUGUGUGCCAGUGAUGAGGCUGUUGCACGCCAGAUUGAGAAAACGGAGUGGAAGGAGCAGAAGCAACGGCUUCCACAGAAUGCUAAGGAUCGUUCAGGUGGUUCCUCCAAAUUAGGUCGCACUUCCAAUAAACCUGUUAAAACACCCCAUGGUCCAAUGGAUGUUUAUAUUGGGAGCAAUAUGAGAGUCAUUACCAAAACAAAUCAGGAUAUCAACGAUACCCCAACCACAUCCAGUGCAAGAGCCAGUAGUUCACCCAUUAGUUCUUCAAGACUAGACACCACAGAUGUUGCUGCUUUAGUCAUUCCAUUAGCAUCAGGCAGCAUAUCAGCAUGUGUGGACAAUAGAAUUUGGAGACAACUAAGGGAAAUUACAUCAUCUCAGAGUUCAGAGUCUGAGCCUGAAGACUUGACCCUAUCUUCACAGCUCGGUAAUCGUCAUCGCCAGAUCAAUUCGGGGAAGGAAAAUACGCAAAGAAGAAGAAAAAACAGUCCAUGUAAAUCAGGAAAGGGAAAAUUGGCAGCUGAUGAAACCAAAAUUAUUAAUAUUCAGGACAGCCCUGAUAUAGAGUGUUAUAGUGGAAUAAUUGGUCUGAAUUGUAAUAAUGCAUUUAGAGAAGAUAAUGAUAGUGAUGAAACUGAUAUUGAAAACUCUGUGUCAACAAACUCUCAAACUAUAACAAAUGGGAAGGACAAAGUAAUUGUGAAUGAAAAUGACUGUAACAGACUGGUAAAUGAAAAACCCAAAACACAUGAUUGUAUUCAUGAAUGUGGUGGUGGUACAGAAAAGGAGACAGCAGUUGGUGAAGUGUGUGAUAGUUCAACAGGUAAACUAGGUCUUCACCGUAACGCACCAAUGGAAUUGACAUCAAUAAUUAAUGGCCUGGAGUUUAAUCCAGAAUCAUUGGCAACACUGGUAGCAGAGCAGCAUUCAGUGGAGGCCCUACUCAAACAGGAAGAAGAAGAUCGCCUAUUGGCAGAAGCUUUACAGAGGGAAUUUAACCAAGACCAACGAAGAGUGGUCAACAGAAGUAGAGGUUCAGAAGAUGAGUACAAACUGAGGAAUCGCCAUCUUUCGACUCGAACUGCUCAUAAGGGCGUUAAAACCACAUCAGGAAAAUCUCCCUCACAGAAGAAAACACGACAACCCACAAUUAGGGAAAGUAUUGCUAAACGGCAAAAAAAAGUAUAAUUCUGUAGAAUGUCUCGGUAACGGAAUAAUUCAUGCAAGGCUGUUCCAUUUUAUAAAAUUUUCCGCUUACUUGGACACGAACAAUAACCAGAGUUACUCUUAAGUAUUGGACAAAUUUUGUUUACUUGAACAACUUUCCAUUAAGUUAUUUGAUACAAUACCUCAUUCCCCCCAAUUAAAUGCAACAGUAAAGUAAUGGAUUCCCAACUUAUAUACUGUACUGUAAUACCAUAACAUUUACACACAACCUUUUCUGUAACAAUAAUACAGUUAAUAUAGUACUGUGUUGAAAUACUAUACUGUACAUAUUUAAUGCUUCUCUAAGAAAUAAAACAUUAAAGACA